AACUUUCCUGGCAUCUUCCUUUGGCAAAAUCAUGGCUGCUCAGACAGCUCCCAUGCGCGGGUCAACAAAGAGCAAGAAGAAUAAACGGAAUGCAGUAAAGCCUGUGGACAAGCGAAAGCUUAAGCGAAGCGCAGAGGAAACCGAACUGACUGAUUUGGCGGAGAAAACAAAGGAUCCGGAACCUUUUCUGAAAAACCCUGAGCUUAAACAAUUUUCUCAACUUCCCCUCUCUCAAAAAACCGCGAAUGGCUUGAGUAAAGCCAACUUUGUGGAAAUGACUGAUAUCCAACGGUCCUCGCUACCAUUGUCUUUAUGCGGGCGAGACGUUUUAGGUGCCGCGAAAACUGGGUCAGGAAAGACCCUUGCUUUUCUUCUCCCUGUUCUCGAAGUCCUAUACCGGGCAAACUGGACACAAAUGGAUGGAGUAGGCGCCUUGAUCAUAUCACCAACGCGCGAACUAGCCCUACAAAUCUUCGACGUGCUGAAGAAGAUUGGCCGAAAUCAUACUUUCUCCGCUGGGCUUCUCAUAGGUGGUAAAGACCUCAAAUCUGAGCAGGAGCGUGUCUCCAAAAUGAACAUUUUGGUUUGCACGCCCGGCCGUUUGCUACAGCACAUGGAUCAGACGCCGGAUUUCAAUUGCGAUAACCUGCAGAUAUUGGUCCUGGAUGAAGCAGAUAGAGUUCUGGACUUGGGAUUUGAAAAAACAAUCAAUGCGAUCGUGGAAAAUUUACCAAGAGCGAGACAGACAUUGCUCUUUUCUGCAACGCAAACUAAGUCUGUGAAAGAUUUGGCGAGGCUGUCUCUUAAGGACCCGGAAUACGUGGCGGUUCACGAACAAUCUGAGAGUAGCACCCCGAAGCAAUUGGUGCAAAAGUACCUUGUCUGCGAUCUUCCGCAAAAGCUCGAUAUCCUCUACUCCUUCAUUAAAACCCACCUGAAACAAAAAAUUAUUGUGUUUGUGUCUAGUUGCAAGCAGGUGCGAUUUGUUCACGAAACCUUCUGUAAGAUGCAGCCUGGUAUUAUUUUGAACUGCCUCCAUGGCAAGCAGAAACAAGCAAAGCGGAUGGCUAUUUUUGAGCAAUUUUGUCGAAAGAAGGCAGUUUGUCUGAUUGCCACUGACGUGGCUGCGCGCGGUCUCGACUUCCCCGCAGUGGAUUGGGUUAUUCAGCUUGAUUGUCCAGAGGAUGCAGAGACAUAUAUCCAUCGUGUAGGGCGAACAGCCAGAUAUGAAGCAGCUGGCAACGCUCUACUCUUUCUGCUUCCAUCAGAGGAAAAGGGGAUGAUGGCUUCAUUGGAACGUAAGAAAGUGCCGAUAUCCAAAAUCAGGGUGAAUCCGAGCAAAACGACGAGUGUCGCGAAACAAUUGCAAGCCUACUGUUCCCAAAGUCCGGAAAUCAAGUAUUUAGCCCAGAAGGCUUUCAUUAGCUAUAUGCGAAGCGUCCAUCUUCAAGGAAAUAAGGAGAUUUUCAAUGUCCAGGAGUUACCAGCUGAAGCGUACGCCGAGAGCUUGGGAUUACCUGGUGCUCCCAAGAUUAAAUUUGUCAAGACAUCUGAGAAAAAGAAUGCAUCGCGUCAACUAGAGAAAGUGGCAGAUGCAUCCGCCGCUGAAAAGGGAAAACCAACUGCCGAAGACUCGGAGUCAGAAUCAGAAGCUGCAAGCAAGAAGACAACCAAGGUCCGAACCAAGGUGGACAAAAUGUUUGAUAAGAAAAACCUGACCAUCUUGUCAGACCAUUAUGCAAAACUAAAAGCAAGCGAAGAUACUGAUACGUCGGAGGAUGAAGAAGCCGCCGAAUCAAGACCACGUAAAGGCGCGGAGGCAGAGGACGAGGACGACUUUUUGACGCUCAAACGUGCGGACCAUGGUAUAGAAGAUUUGCCUGUCCCUGCGCCUCCUACCGAGAGUCUGAGUCAUCGUCAACUCCUCAAGAGUAAGAAGAAGGCUCUCAAGGAGAGGGGAUUGGGCAAAAAGAUGUAUUUUGACGAUGAUGGCAAUCCCAUUCUUGCGUACAAGUUGGAGACGUUGGAUGAGUUUGUGCAAGAAGAAGGCCUGGAAUCCCGGCAACAAAAAUUCUUGGAGGAGCAAAGAGGAGAGAUGAAUGUUGCUGAUGCGGUUGAUAAGACCGUGGCGAAGGAGAAAUUGCGAGAAAAGAAAAAGGAAAAGAAAGCUAAAGAGAGGGCCGCCCGGCAAGAGGAAAGUGGAGGACAUGAGGGGGUAGCUCUUGGUGGAGCCGAAGACUUUGAUGACGAAUCUGCAUCUGACGCAAUGAGCUACCGCAGCGGAGAGGACGACUUUGAAGACGGAUCAUCUGACUAUGAGGCGGCAUCGGGAGAUGAAGAUGAUCAUCCUGCACUGAUGGAGCUUGAUCUAAAUGAAGAUUCCGAUGAAGAGCCCGUUGCCGCAGUUGAAGCUAAUGAAUCUGGAUCGAACUCACGGAAGCGCAAGCGCGCCAAGACAUCACAACCGGCUGCGGUGAAUGGCCCUACUGUGAUCAAGAAAUCCAAGAAGCAACCGGGACUUUCUGACCUGGACGGUGCGUCAUUAGAAGAUAUUGCACUCCGCUUACUGGAAAGCUAGCAACGUCUCUAGUAAACCUUCUGCUGUACAUAUCAUUUGGAUACUGCACAUAGACUAGAUUGUUUUAGUAUAUACUAUUUUUGUGACAAAGAGGCUUUAAGAUGAGGAUAAUGUUAUAAUGCA